CUCCAGUCGGUCCGCGCGGAGCAGCCGAGCAGCCACCAUGACCAUCAACACGCUGAACCAAGGCGGAGUGCAGAGAGAACAGAUGCCCUGCUUGACCAAGAUGGAGCGGGUGAUCGUGUCGAUGCAAGACCCUGACAUGGGAAUGAAGAUGAGAAACCAGCGGCUGCUCAUUACAGUUAUACCUCAUGCGAUGACCGGUCGAGAUAUUGUUGAUUGGCUGAUUCAGAAGUAUACCAUAACGGAAGAAGAGGCGUUACAUAUAGGAAACCUCUUGGUGAAAUACGGCUACAUAUACCCCCUGAAGGAGCCUCGGAACCUGUGUUUGAAACAAGACGAGACCCCCUAUCGCUUUCAGACACCGUAUUACUGGACCUCAACCCGUUGGCCUGCUUCAGAGCUGGAUUACGCAAUUUAUUUGGCCAAGAAGAACAUUCGGAAACAAGGGGAGCUGAUAGAGUACGAGAAGGAGUGUUAUAAUGCUUUACAUAAGAGGAUCAAUCACACCUGGGACUUCGUGGUGAUGCAGGCGAGAGAGCAGCUUAGGGCAUCUAAACAGCGGCGGAAGGCUGAUCGCAUUGUGCUGGAGUGUCAGGAACAAGCCUACUGGUUAAUCAACAGACCUCCUCCAGGUGUAAUGGACAUUUUGGAGCAGGGACCAGAACGGAGGAAUGUUGCAAACACACGAGUACAACUGAAUGCUGAAUUCUACAAGAAAGAGAUUGAGCAAAACAGAAGAGGUCUAGGAAGAAAUCGAGUCAAGUCCUCCAUCUGUCUGGAAAGUUUUGUUAAGUACUGUGAACAGUACCAGGAUCAUGACCCCAUAAUGCAAGGAUGCCUGCCCAGCAACCCGUGGAUCACAGAUGACAUCAUGUUCUGGAACAUGAAUUCUGAAACGGUAACCAUGCCGACCAAACUGCGUGUGGAGCGCUGGAGUUUUAGCUUCAUGGAGCUGCUGAAUGACCCGCUAGGCAGAAAAGAGCUCCUUACUUACCUGGAGAAAGAGUUCAGUGCGGAGAACUUGUGCUUCUGGCAGGCGUGCGAGGAGGUGCGGCACGGCGAAGCCUCCAAAAUUGCAGCAAAAGUGGAUGAGGUUUACAAGCAGUUCCUUGCACCCGGAGCCAGUCGCUGGGUGAAUAUUGACAGUAAGACAAUGGAGAAAACCUUAGAGGGAAUCAAGCAUCCUCAUCGUUUUGUCUUGGAUGACGCACAAAUGCACAUUUACUUCCUCAUGAAGAAGGACUCGUACCCUCGCUACCUGAAGUCUGAGCUGUACAAAAACUUGUUAGCGAAAGCUAUAGUACCUCAAGAAACGAAGAAAAGCGUCUUCCCGUUCAUGCGUCGUCAGCGACAUUCAAGCCCCUCUCCAGCGCUGGUCACACAAACAGCAGAGGAUAACGGAAAGGCACAACCCAGUGCUGCAAAGGCCAACUCUGGAACUGCUUCUCAGAUUUAG